AUGAUUUCUCGUAAUUUGAAAGCUACUACCAGAAAAACCAUGUAUGGUUUCAUGAGAUCUCAAGUCAGAUCAAUUUCAAAAAUCAAUACUCAAGCAGCUUCAGCCGCUACUACCGCUCAAGCAGCUCGUCCACAACCAGCUCCAGCAUUCAACACAGCUGAUGCUGAUGAAAACAUAGCACCAACUCAUAAGCAACCAUUUGCUCGUCUGGCCAAGAAAGAACCAUUAAUGGAUGAUUCAUUUAUUGGAUUGACCGGUGGUGAAAUUUUCCACGAAAUGAUGCUUAGACACAAUGUUGACACUGUUUUCGGUUACGCUGGUGGUGCCAUCUUGCCAGUUUUCGAUGCUAUUUACAAUUCUGACAAAUUCAAGUUUGUCUUGCCAAGACAUGAACAAGGUGCUGGUCAUAUGGCUGAAGGUUAUGCCAGAGCAAGUGGUAAACCAGGUGUUGUUUUGGUUACUUCUGGUCCAGGUGCCACCAAUGUCAUCACUCCAAUGGCUGAUGCUUUAAUGGACGGUGUUCCUUUGGUUGUUUUCACUGGUCAAGUUCCAACCACCGCCAUUGGUACUGAUGCUUUCCAAGAAGCUGACGUUGUUGGUAUUUCUAGAUCUUGUACUAAAUGGAAUGUCAUGGUUAAAAACGUGGCGGAAUUACCAAGAAGAAUCAAUGAAGCUUUUGAAAUUGCAACUACUGGUAGACCAGGUCCAGUUUUGGUUGAUUUGCCAAAGGAUGUUACCGCUGCCAUUUUAAGAGAAUCAAUCCCAAUCAAUGCCACUUUACCAUCCAAUGCUUUGAGUCAAAUCACUAAAAAGGCUGUCAGUGAGUUCACUUCUGAAGCUAUCAAGAGAUCUGCCAAGAUUUUAAACAAGGCCAAAAAACCAAUCAUUUAUGCCGGUGCCGGUAUUUUGAACAAUGAAGAAGGUCCAAAAUUAUUGAAACAAUUAGCUGAUAAAGCCAACAUCCCAGUCACCACUACUUUACAAGGUUUGGGUGCUUUUGACCAAAGAGAUCCAAAAUCUUUGGAUAUGUUGGGUAUGCACGGUUCUGCUGCUGCCAACACUGCUAUUCAAAAUGCUGAUUGUAUCAUUGCAUUAGGUGCCAGAUUUGAUGAUAGAGUUACUGGUAACAUUGCCAAAUUUGCCCCAGAAACCAAAUUAGCCGCCGCUGAAGGAAGAGGUGGUAUUUUACAUUUCGAGAUUUCUCCAAAGAACAUCAACAAAGUUGUCGAAGCCACUGAAGCCAUUGAAGGUGAUGUUACUACCAACUUGAAGACUUUUAUUGAAUUGGUUGACGCUGUUGAAGGUAGACCAGAAUGGUUUGCUAAGAUUAACGAAUGGAAAGAAAAAUACCCAUACUCUUACCAAGAAGAAACUCCAGGUUCAUUAAUCAAACCACAAUCUGUCAUUAGAGAAAUCAAUAGACAAGCUUUGACAUAUGAUAAAGAAGUUAUUGUUACUACUGGUGUUGGUCAACAUCAAAUGUGGGCUGCUCAACAUUUCACCUGGACUAAACCAAGAACCAUGAUCACUUCUGGUGGUUUAGGUACUAUGGGUUACGGUUUACCAGCUGCCAUUGGUGCUCAAGUUGCUAAACCAGAUGCCAUUGUUAUUGACAUUGAUGGUGAUGCUUCCUUCAACAUGACUUUGACUGAAUUGUCAUCUGCUGUUCAAGCUGGUGCUCCAGUUAAAAUUUGUGUUUUGAACAAUGAAGAACAAGGUAUGGUUACUCAAUGGCAAUCAUUAUUCUACGAAAACAGAUACUCCCACACCCAUCAAUCUAAUCCAAACUUUAUGAAAUUAGCUGAAGCUAUGGGUAUUAAAGGUAUUAAAAUUUCUACACAAGAAGAAAUGGUCUCUGGUGUUAAAGAAUUCUUGGAUGCCAAAGAACCAGUUUUAUUGGAAGUUAUUGUUGAAAAGAAAGUUCCUGUUUUGCCAAUGGUUCCAGCUGGUAAAGGUUUAGAUGAAUUCAUCUUAUGGGACGCUGAAACCGAAAAACAACAAAAUGAAUUAAGAAGAGAAAGAACUGGUGGUAAGUACUAG